AAACAGGAAGUGCCUACGGAGGCCGAGCGGGCGGCGGGGCAGGGGUCGGGCAUGAAGCCGGGCGGAGGCCCGAGCGCGAGCGGCGGCGGCGAUGAGCGACAUUGUGGAGAAGACGCUGACGGCGCUGCCGGGACUUUUCCUGCAGAGCCAGUCCGCUGGCGGGCCCGCGGCCGCGAAGGCGUCCUUCUCUUCGCGGCUGGGCAGCCUCGUCCGCGGCAUCACUGCGCUCACCUCCAAGCACGAGGAAGAGAAAUUAAUCCAGCAGGAAUUGAGUAAUCUGAAAGCAACUGUUUCUGCUCCUACUACAACACUGAAAAUGAUGAAGGAAUGUAUGGUGAGACUUAUAUAUUGUGAAAUGCUUGGAUAUGAUGCUUCCUUUGGCUAUAUACAUGCAAUCAAGUUGGCACAACAAGGAAAUCUUUUAGAAAAAAGAGUAGGUUAUUUGGCUGUUUCUUUAUUUCUACAUGAAAGUCAUGAACUGUUGCUUCUCCUUGUGAAUACAGUUGUAAAGGACUUGCAGAGCACUAACCUGGUAGAAGUAUGUAUGGCACUUACUAUCGUCAGCCAGAUUUUUCCUCAAGAAAUGAUUCCAGCUGUUCUUCCAUUAAUAGAAGAUAAACUUCAACAUUCUAAGGAGAUUAUUCGGAGAAAAGCUGUUCUGGCAUUAUACAAAUUCCAUCUCAUUGCUCCCAGUCAAGUACAGCAUAUUCAUAUUAAGUUUCGGAAAGCACUUUGUGACAGAGAUGUUGGGGUCAUGGCUGCUUCCUUGCACAUAUACCUUAGGAUGAUUAAGGAGAAUUCAUCUGUAUAUAAAGACUUGACUGGGAGUUUUGUAACAAUUUUGAAGCAAGUAGUUGGAGGAAAGCUCCCAGUAGAUUUCAAUUACCACAGUGUGCCAGCACCAUGGUUACAAAUUCAGCUCUUGAGAAUACUAGGACUUCUAGGAAAAGACGAUCCAAGGACAAGUGAAUUAAUGUAUGAUGUUCUUGAUGAAUCCUUACGAAGAGCUGAGUUAAAUCACAACGUCACAUAUGCUAUUCUGUUUGAAUGUGUGCAUACAGUCUAUUCUAUUUAUCCUAAAUCAGAAUUACUUGAGAAGGCUGCCAAGUGCGUUGGAAAAUUUGUUCUAUCACCUAAAAUAAAUCUCAAAUAUUUAGGACUGAAGGCUCUUACCUAUGUUAUCCAACAGGAUCCCACUCUGGCUCUUCAACACCAGAUGACAAUAAUUGAAUGCUUAGACCAUCCUGAUCCUAUUAUUAAAAGAGAGACUCUGGAACUUCUUUACAGAAUUACUAAUGCACAGAAUAUAACUGUGAUUGUCCAGAAAAUGCUUGAGUAUUUACAUCAGAGCAAAGAAGAGUAUAUUAUCGUCAAUUUGGUUGGCAAAAUAGCUGAGCUGGCUGAGAAAUAUGCUCCUGAUAAUGCAUGGUUUAUUCAGACAAUGAAUGCUGUGUUUUCAGUGGGAGGAGAUGUCAUGCAUCCUGAUAUUCCAAAUAACUUUCUGAGACUGCUAGCGGAAGGUUUUGAUGAUGAAACAGAAGACCAACAAUUAAGGCUUUAUGCAGUUCAGUCUUAUCUCACUUUACUAGAUGUGGAAAAUGUGUUCUAUCCACAGAGAUUUCUUCAAGUUAUGAGUUGGGUGUUAGGGGAGUAUUCUUACCUCUUAGAUAAGGAAACGCCAGAGGAAGUUAUAACCAAGCUCUACAAGUUACUUAUGAAUGACUCCGUUUCUUCAGAAACAAAAGCCUGGUUAAUUGCCGCUGUGACCAAGUUGACAGCCAAAGCACACUCCUCUAAAAUAGUUGAGAGAUUAGUCCAGGAAUUUACCAUAUCUUUGGAUACUUGUAUGAGACAACAUGCAUUUGAAUUAAAACAUUUGCAUGAGAAUGUGGAACUUAUGAAGAGCUUGCUUCCAGUUGAUAAGAGUUGUGAAGACAUGGUGGUAGAUGCUUCCUUAUCUUUUCUGGAUGGUUUUGUGGCUGAAGAACUCAGUCAGGGGGCAGCACCUUACAAACCUCCCCACCAACGGCAGGAGGAAAAGCUUUCUCAGGAAAAAGUUCUCAAUUUUGAACCAUAUGGACUCUCCUUUUCUUCAUCUGGCUUCACUGGACGACAAUCUCCAGCUGGCAUUUCUCUUGGUUCAGAUAUAUCUGGGAAUAGUGCAGAGACAGGGCUGAAAGAGACAAAUAGCUUGAAACUAGAAGGUAUAAAGAAAUUGUGGGGGAAAGAGGGCUAUCUUCCCAAGAAGGAAAGCAAAACUGGUGAUGAAACUGAAGCUUCACCUGUACCUCAAGAAAGUAUGAAAAUGGAGAAUGCAGAUCAAACUGUAACAAAAAAGGAUCAAUCUCAAGUCCUCACCCAAUCUAAAGAGGAGAAAGAAAAGCAGCUGUUGGCAUCAUCAUUAUUUGUUGGGCUCGGAUCAGAAAGUACAAUCAAUUUGCUAGGAAAAGCAGAUACUGUCUCUCACAAGUUCAGAAGAAAAGCAAAAGUCAAGGAAAUCAAAAGUGGAGAAACAACCAAUGCUCCUAAUAUGACUUGUUCUGCCUUUAGUUCUUCUCCAAAUGUGACUUAUGAAGAUUAUUAUUUGGAUGAUUUGCAGGAUAGAGGAGACAAAGAAUUAAAGAAAUUUUCUCUCAAUUCAGAACUUUUGGAUUCUGAGUCACUGACAGAAUUGCCCUUGGUUGAAAAACUCUCAAAUUGCAGGCUGGCUCCACCUUCUUUGUUUGCUGAUAAUAACAUGGAAGUUUUUCACCCUCUUCAGUCCACUGCAGCCUCAGUUGCCAGUGAAAUCUCUUUAGUUUCUUCUUUGUUGGAAGAAACUCCUGAACACAUGCAUUCAGAUCUUAUGGAGGUCUGUAAUAAUGAAACCAUAUCAGUGACUUCUUACAAGAUUUGGAAAGAUGAUUGUUUAUUGAUGGUCUGGUCAGUUUCUAAUAAGAGUGGUUCAGAAUUAAAAAGUGCUAACUUAGAAAUUGCUCCUGCAGAAAAUUUCAAGAUCACUGAGCAAGCUGGAUGCUGCUUGCCUAUAACAGAAGCAGAAAACACCAAAGGCUUUCAAUAUAGUGUGCAGAUGGAAAAGCCUUUUACAGAAGAGAGUCUUUCUGGUUUCAUAAAUUAUCAAAUGAUGGAUACUCCUGUUCAGCUUGAAUUUUCAGUAAACUUAUCACUAUUAGAUUUCAUUAGACCUUUAAAAAUCUCAACUGAAGACUUUGGCAAACUCUGGUUAUCCUUCGCCAAUGAUGUAAAGCAAAAUGUAAAGAUGUCAGAAUCUCAAGCCUCUCUGCCUUCUGCCCUAAAGACCCUGCAACAGAAACUAAGACUUCAUGUUGUUGACAUUAUAGGCAAUGAAGGGCUAUUGGCCUGUCAGCUGCUCCCAUGCAUCCCCUGCCUGCUGCAUUUCCGAGUUCACGGUGACAUGUUAGCCUUGUGGUUCAGAUCCUCCUGCUCUACUCUUCCUGACUAUUUACUGUAUCAGUGUCAAAAGGUGAUGGAGGGAUCCUAGCAGAAGUUGUGUUUAUAUUUUACUCCAUCAAAAUGAAUGGUUUACAUAGAUAAACUUAUUUACCAAAGUAAAAAGAACUCAUGGUACUUCUAGUGAAAAUGGGGAUUAUUACAAGUUGUGGUUUUAUGUGUUUUCUUUGUGAUUUUUGAUCAAGAAGGAUCCCCAAGAAACUGUAUCCCUAACCUUUUACUCAGGAUUGUACAGUUUGUUUGGGUCCCAAAAAAGUGACCUAAGCUAAUAUUAUAAACUGCUAAUGAUUUCUAUAUCACUUAGUGUGAGGGACUGAAAAUAUUUAUUUUGUUAUAAAUAAUUUUAUAGCAGAUUUACUCUAGUGCUAGCUGAUUUGUAGUAAAGCCAAGUCUCAGUUCUCUGCAUUAAUGGAGGGGAGACAUGGAAUUGAUAAUCCCAAACCUAAUUCAUAUCUGGCUUUGGAAUGCAGUGUAUGCUUUUUGGUAGGCAAGUCAUUACUUUCAGUUAUGUUGACACUAAGUAUCAGUGUUGAACUAAGUUGGCACAGCACACACUAACAGUUCAAGAGAUCCAGGAGCAUGCUGGAUAUUGGGGAGAUUCAAUCUGUGAUAUGGUCUUUAUUGCAGAUAACUUGUUACACAUAACUGCAGAUAAUUUGGCUACAAAAUUUGUCUGUUUUCCACUUGCAUUUAUUUUUAAAAUUCAAAGUGAAUCACUUAUUUUAUUUUAAAAACUUACUUUAAAAACUUAGAGCCAAUUACAAAAUAUCAUACAGAAACAAAACCCAUAAAAGCACACAGUACUAAUGCAAAUAGAUGUAAAAGGACUUUUUGGUUAUGGCAAGUAUCUUAGUCAGUUACCACUUAAGUCCUUUUGGUAAAUUAAAAUUUGUGAUUAGAGUAUAAAUGGCAAAACUGUCUUUCCUGGCCUUUGAAUCCACUAGUACUCGGUGCAUACAACAGAAACAUAAGUAUACCAUACAGGUUCUUCAGUAAAAUACAUCAUUUUCAUGUGAUAGUUGUGCCCAUAUGGCCUCUGUCAGAACUGUUAUCAGUAGAAGAAGAGGUUAAGCCCAAUAUGAAUGAUGGACCAGAAUCUUGAGAUUGUACAUUAAGGUUAAAAACUGAAAUAGUAUUUUAUAAAACCUUACGGUGCUGUGGAAAAUAUUUAUUAUUUCACUUUUUCUGAUACUUCACCAUGGAGACUAUUCAGGUAAUAUAGUUUUAAGUCAUUGCAGUUAAUACUCUGGUUAAUUGGUACUGUUUAUCACCGAGGUGUAGAAUUCUGGUUUUAGGUUAUCUCGUUAAUCAUAUCUGAUAAAGAUGCUAAGGGGGUUCCCCAGAGCUGAUAGAUUUCAUUAGUCAUUCAUGUCUAGCGUAUUCCUCCCUAAAAACAAAAGCAGUAUUUUUUAAACUAAUUUUUAAGUUAUUCAUUAAAAACAAUGUAAGACCUCAUUAAUUUUAUGCUUUUAAAAACAUACAGUAAAACCUUGCUACAACAGCAAUGAAAAGUGACUGGAAUUUCCUGUGUAGGUUUCUCCUUUUGAAUAGAAGAUCAGAUUCAUCCUCAAGCUCCCAGCAGUGUCAUGGUGACGGGCAUGUGCUGUCUGGGGGGGUGUGCUAGACACUGUGGCUGAACUCAUCAGCUUCCUCUUUCUUCCUACUUCUGUCGGCAGCACCCCCCAUCCCACCUGAUUCUGCUGUUACUCUGACAGAGAUAGGACGUGCCCUCUCACUUUGCGGAGGAAUGCAGCGUGUAGCAGAGGAGGUGCUCCAGUGUUUUGUGUCCUUACUUCCACGUGUUUGCAUGGUUACCGCGCCUGGGUCUAGUGUGGAGCAGUAGAUGUGAGGUGCCCAGCAAGCGGAGGGACAGCUGUCUGGGAGAGAGUACAGUGCGCUGCUGUGCUGCUUUGUUACAAGGCUGCUCCUGAGUGGCAGCAGCCGUUGUCACGAGAGACGUGCUCGGCCUACAGAGCUGUCUCAUGGUGGGAGGUGUGUAAUGGUAGGUUAAGGGGUAGGGCUGGGAGCGUGAUUUUGGGUCUGCCAAAGGGGACACGGGGUCACUUUUGUGCUCUCUGAACCCGCUAAAUAAAAAGUGGGGUAACAGGGUUUCCACUGAAAUGUUUAGUAGAGUGUUUACAAUUUUUAUAUUUUUGUGGUUUUAAAAACAAACAACAAUAAUAGGAAAGAGUAGAUUUUAAAGCACUUCAGAGCAGUAUCUAUACUGCCUAAACUAAGUCAAUGUUUUAAGUUCUAAAUUGGGCAUCACCAACCUUUUCUGCAUUGUAGGAGAUGUGACUAUAAAGUAGGGAGAAUGAUUUUUGUGGGUAGAUCGUCUCUUUACCUUACAGACAUAAUUUAGUCAAGUGAAGGGGCAACCUCUCGAGUGAGAGCUGUGCGGGGAUACUCAGCUGUGUGAGUUCUGUGCCGGGCGUCUUUGCUGGGAGUACAGGUGGCAGCAAGUGGGGAUCUAGGGGAGAGUAAAGGGCAGACGGGAAAGCCUUACGAGCAGGUGGAGGAAGAAGGAUCAGGCUCCCACCAGAAUAGUCCCUGUGGAGGCAGGCAGAUCAGGCUCAGGGGAAAGUGGGCUCCAGGGAAGGGUCAUUCUAAGAAACUGCGGAUGGAAGCUGAGCAGCUGUCAGGUGCUAACGUGCCACGCCUGCCAAGCCCAGCACAUGCUCUGCAGAGGAGCACUGUUUGAAACGAGAUUCUACUACCAUCUACCAAAACAGUGGUGGUGAAAAGGCAGUAUUUUAUUUUUUCCUUUGUUUUAUUUCACGUCAAUAAUAUUUUAAAAUAUUGAGCUGUUUGUCUUAUUUUUCACGGAUAAAUGUGGUCUUUUUCUCAUGAUUGAGAGCCACUGAAAGUGCACUGAAGCUAUUCACAUGUCUUUAAGGUGUUUUGCUGUGUUAAAAUUUUAGGAGUGAAAAAUGCAAGUGAAUAACAACUUAACAGGCAUCAAUUACCUUAUUUUGGAGUUGAAUUCUGUAAUUUGAAAAGAUUCAGUUAAACAUGUAAUAAAUACAAAGUGAUCU